GGUUUUCCCAGGGACAACUACGCUCUGAGGGAGCCCUCCCAGGGAUGGUGGCACUCCCAGUGGGCCUCCCAGGAACUGCGGCACUCCCAUGGGUUCUUCAGGGACAGCAGCGCUCAGGGGUCCUUCCAGGGACGAUGCCGCCCCAGUUGUCCAACCAAUGAUGGCGGCACUCCUGAAGGCCCUCCCGCUGGCAUUUCCAGGGACCCGUCCCUGGUGAGCGCCCCCAGGUGCUCUCCCAGGGACAUCAUUGCUCGCAGGGCUCUCUCAGGGACAGCAGCACCUCCAGGGGCCCUCCAAGACAGCGGCAGGAAUCCUGCCAGAGCACUGGCUCUCCAAGGGCGUCGGUGGCGCCAGGAGCCUUCCAGGACGGAUGCUGCCGCCAGGCUCUCUGUGGGCCCUCCGGUGGACGCCGUUCCCCAGGGCCGUGCCAGGACUGCUUGGGCAGUCCUCGGGGCACUGGUGUCCCCAGGGCUCGCCAGUUUGCGCCGCAAUCCCAGGCUCCCUUCCAGGGACUUCUGGCGCCUAGGAGCUCUCUCAAGGGAGGCGCGACCCAGGGCCCUCUCAAGUGCAAGAUCCCCCAGGGUUUUCCCAGGGACAACUGCUCUCUGGAGGGCGUUUCCAGGGAUUGUGGCACUCCCAGUGGGCCUCCCAGGAGCUGCAGCACUCCCAUGGGUUCUCCCAUGGACAGCAGCCUCUCAGGGAUCCUUCAGGGACGGUGCUGCCCCCAGGAGCCCUACCAAUGAUGGCGGCGCUCCUGGGGCCCUCCCAAAGCUUGCGGCACUUCCAGGACCCGUCCGUGGUGCCGCUCCCCAGGUGCUCUCCCAGGGACAUCGGUGCUCUCAGGCGCUCUCAGGGACAGCGGCCCCAGGGGCCCUCACAGGACGGCGGCACCACGAGCCUGCCAGGGCGCUGAUAUGCCCAGGUCCCACCGGACAGUGGUGCAUCCAGGGGCCCUCAGAGAGGACGGCGCCCCCAAGGCCUUUUAGGUGCUGGAUCCCUCGGGGCUUUCCAGGGACAACUUUGGGCCUCUGGUCAACAGUGCCCUAUGGGCGCUUCCAGGAAGGUGGCGCCCUAGGCGCCCUGCUAGGGGUGCUGGCGCCCAGACGCUCUUCCAGGGACAUCGGGCUCUGGCUCUCUCAGGUGAACCACGAUCCCAGGCGCUCUACCAGGGACAUCGGCGCCCCUAGGAGCUCUCUCGGGGAGGCGACCAAGGCCCCUCUCAGGAGUGCAAGAUCCCACCCUGGGUUUUCCCAGGGACAACUGCUCUCUGAGAGGCCCUCCAGGGAUAGGUGGCACUCCCAAUGGGCCUCCCAGGAACUGCGGCACUCCCAUGGGUUCUCAGGACAGCAGCGCUCUCAGGGGUCCUUCAGGGGACGGUGCCGCCAGGGAGCCCAACCAAUGAUGGCAGCUCCUGAGGCCCUCCCAGCUGCUUCCAGGGACCCGUCCCUGUGCAAGCGCCCCCAGGUGCUCUCAGGGACAUUGGUGCUCCCAGGGGAUCUCUCAGGGACAGCAGCGUCUCCAAGGGCCUCCCAGGGGACAUCGGCACCCCCAGGAAUCUUGCCAGAGGCACUGAGUUCAAUGGCGCAAAAAUGCACCCAUGGGCCCUACAAAUCUGGCGCUCUAGGGGCUCUCCAAGGGGCAGCAGUGGCGGGAGCCUUCCAGGGACAGGCGCCGCCAGGGCUCCCCAAUGACCGUAGUAUCCACGGCCUCCCAGGGACUCCACUGAGGGGGUGCCAGGGCACUGGCACCCCCAGAGGGUCUCACAUGGACAGCGGCGCUUCCAGGGGCCCUCACAGGGACAGCAGCCCUUAUACAGGCUUCCAGGGACGCCACGAGGCCCUACAAGUCUGGCGCUCUCAGUGGCUCCCAGGGCUCCUGGUGCCUUAUAUAGGGACUUCCCAAAGACAAACGACUCCAGGAGCUCCCAGAGACAGUGACGCCCUGAGGCCUUCCGGAAUAGCUGUGUCCCCAGACGCCUUUCAGGGACAGCUCCCCAAGAGCCCUGGCGUAGGCGCUGGCAUCCACAUGGGCACUCCCAGGGACGUCGUUGUCCCCACGGGCUCUCUCAGGUACAGCGGUGCCCCCAGGGUUCUCUCAGGCGCAGCCGCGUUCCCAGAGGCCUUCCAAGAGACGGCGGCGCUCUCAGAGACCCUCCCAGGGAUGGUGAUGCCCCCAGAGGCCCCAGGUAACGCUGGUGCUCUCAGGGGCUCUUCGGGAGAGCGAUUCUCCCAGGGGCUCUCCCAGGGACGCCGCUGUCCCUGUAGGGCCCUUGGGGCGACACCGCUUAUAGUACGGUCCCUGGACGCCACCGCCCUGGGAGUUCCCUGA